AUGGACCCUAAACUAUCUCUCCUAGUUGGAUGUACCUUGGGUGCAAUAUUUAUAUUCAUAGCUAUAUUGAUUGCUAUUUUCAUGAUUAUCUCUUUUAGGUUUUGUUGUUGCAACGAGCAGAGUGAUAAAGGCUGUUUUUAUUACGGCAACAUUCAACAAAGUCAAGUAGAUGAAAAUAUUCAUUACGAAUCGAAAAAUGCAGUGAAUGGCUGGACAGAGAUGCCGACUUUGAAAAUAGUUCGACUGGACGAAGAUCAAGUUACAACAAACAUCAAGAAAACGGAAAACGAAAACAAUAGUUACAGUUCGCGCAUAAAAUUGAUUCAGACGAACUCCAAUGACGGUGUAACAAAUUCACAGCAACACGGCGACAAGGUUCUUGAGAAAAGAGUUGCAAAGAACAAACACGUCAGCGUUUAUGGACUUCUGCAUUCUCUCAAUGCAACUUUCAGAAAAAACACAAGGUAA